CAGGGGAUGGGAACUGCUCGGGCGGGGAGUGGCGGCGGCGGCGGCGGCCUAGUUUGCUGUGGGGCAGGCGGGGAGAGGGCUGCGCGCCCGCUAUGGACAGGUUCUCGUGGACCAGCGGGUUGCUGGAGGUGGGGGAAACGCUGGUGGUGCAGCAGCGCGGCGUGCGCCUCCACGACGGGGAGGAGAAGGUGAAAUUUGAUAGUGGAGUAUUACUGCUUAGCACACACAGAUUAAUCUGGAGGGAUCAGAAGAAUCAUGAGUGCUGCAUUGCUGUACCUCUGUCUCAGAUUGUCUUUAUUGAAGAGCAAUCAGCUGGGAUAGGAAAAAGUGCCAAAAUAGUGGUUCAUCUUCAUCCUGCUUCUUCAAACAAAGAGCCUGGUCCACUCCAAAGCAGCAAAUAUUCCUACAUCAAACUUUCUUUCAAAGAACAUGGGCAGAUUGAGUUCUAUAGGCGAUUAUCAGAAGAAAUCACACAAAGGAGAUGGGAGAACAUGCCUACUGGUCAGACCAUUCAAGUUAACAAAGACCCACGGGCAGGAAGAAUAAGGGCUGUAGGAAUUGUAGGGAUCGAAAGGAAAUUGGAGGAAAAAAGAAAAGAGACUGACAAAAACAUUUCCGAGGCUUUUGAGGAUCUUAGCAAACUAAUGGAGAAGGCUAAGGAAAUGGUGGAGUUAUCAAAGUCAAUAGCUAAUAAGAUUAAAGAAAAACAAGGUGAUAUCACUGAGGAUGAGACUAUUAGGUUCAAGUCCUAUCUACUGAGUAUGGGUAUAGCUAAUCCAGUUACUAGGGAAACAUAUGGAUCUGGAACACAUUACCACAUGCAACUGGCAAAGCAACUAGCUGGGAUGCUGCAGACACCCUUAGAGGAGCGAGGUGGGAUCAUGUCACUUACGGAAGCAUACUGUCUGGUAAAUCGUGCACGAGGAUUAGAGCUGCUGUCACCAGAAGAUUUAGUAAAUGCUUGUAAGAUGUUGGAGUCACUGAAAUUACCACUCAGGCUUCGGAUAUUUGACAGUGGUGUGAUGGUGAUUGAACUCCAGUCUCACAACGAAGAGGAAAUGGUAGCUUCUGCUUUGGAGACAGUAUCUGAAAAGGGUUCUCUCACAGCUGAUGAGUUUGCCAAGCUGGUGGGGAUGUCUGUUCUGUUAGCCAAAGAAAGGCUGCUGCUUGCUGAGAAGAUGGGCCACCUUUGCAGAGAUGAUUCAGUAGAAGGCUUGAGAUUCUACCCAAAUUUAUUUCUGACACAAAGUUAAUGUGGUUUGUGCACCAUUAGUUACCCAACAACUGAACAUGAGAGCAGAGCGCAGAAACCUUCCAACAACCUUUAAAAUUUUUAUUUUGUUAGUCAACUGCGACAGCAGUGAACAUUGCAAUGCUUUACAGUUCUCAGGUAUUUUGAGUGCUGAAUCCUGUUUACAUGGAACUGAAAGGAAAUAGGAAUCACUAAGUCAGAAGUGUGUUAAUUGUCUCAAGCCUGGUAGCUCACGUUUCAAGUUUUAUUUGAUGCGCUCUGUAGUAUCUCAUUUCAAGACAAGUCAGGUGAAGAUUCCACAUAAGUGAAAGUGGAGAGAAUAUCCCUGUAGAGUCUGCCAUGAGGGUUGGCACCCAGAAGACAGGUUGCUGCAUACUCCAAUUUCAGUUUGUUUAUGUCUAGGGCAACAAAGCAGACAGAUGUAUCCGUAGCGAUAAGAAAAGUGACUUUGGUGUGUACUGAGGUAUAAGGAAAAAAACAGUAUAAAGUAACCCCUCCUCUGCGAAGUGAUAAACGGUUUUCCAAGAGAGGAUCUUGGGAUUCUUAUACUUAGAGACAGACAGAAUGUGCUGCAGGAGAAGUUAACAUAUGUUAUGUGAAUCUAGAAAACAAAGUCUUUAUUUUGUCAUGUCUUAUGCUAAUAUCUCAGAUAGAAGCAUUGUUAGCACAGGCUUCCUCCCUUCUCUUUCCUUGCCAUCUUCCUUCCUGUCUCAUUAUGUUGCACUUUGGGUGCCCUUUCUCUGUCCUCUCUUUAUGUAGCAGAGUAGAGUGGCCUUCUGUCACUCUACCAGACUGUGUGCUUUAAUGUGCUUGGUUUUCAUCUUGUAUUUCUAAUGAAAGAUCAUUUGUUCGUUUCACCAGCCGGUUACCUGCUUUGGAGAGACAGCUCUUUUGCUUUUAUCUCGUAUGUGAAAAUUAGUAUGUUUUCAAUAUUGAAGGAAGGAAGAAGAUCAUCAUUGUGUGUUUAGUAGUCACAAAGUAUCGUGUUGUUUGGUAUUUCCUCACCCUCUGUUCACACUGAAUGCAAUUGGAUAGUCUAAUCUUUCAUAACUCCAGUGGAGUUGUUACAUUACUUGAAGAUCUGUUGUGGUAAUAAUAGUAAGUGGAUGGUUACAAUCCACAUCGCUUAAAUUUUUGGCAUUUUGAAAUGACCAGUUUUAAUCAACAAACAAAAUUUAUUCAAGGUAUGGGCAAGGACAACAUAAAUGUAACCACAUUGUGGUUGUAACGAUCAAAUUCAUAUUACAAAAAAAAAAGGAGAAAGAGGCUUUAAAGAGCCUGAAAAAUAUCUUCAGGACUAUUUCAGUGUUACCAUAUCUUGUUCAAGGGUUAAGAGCCUGCCAAUAACGAGUUCCAUGCAGAGAUCCCUAUGGUGAUGAUGCUUUUGGUUCAUAGGUUGCUCAUUUAGAUCCAGGGAAUUCUGUCCUCUUAUCCUUGUCAUGAGCAAACUUUUAUGCAGUACUUUCUUUAGGGCAGUUUUUCCCCAUUUCAUGAAGGUGCUAAAACUAAUGUAUGUGACACAGCUGAAGGUUCCACGCUGUUCUUACUGUGUUAGCCAUCUAGUAUCAACUCUUCGGGAGCCUUAUGGCUUGCAGCUUUUCUUAUCCUCCCCACAACUCACAGAAGAGAUCUAUGCGAGGUAUGCCAAGCAUCACGCAUUGAAGAAAGGACUGAAAAGUGAGAAAUUCAGAAGCAAAAGCUGGUUUGUAAAAACGGUUUCUUUUGCCUGAUACCGAGACCUGUCAAGGGAGACCAGUGGUUUAUGGGCCUGAAGCUCUCCCCACAAGGGGGCAUGUCUUCUGCAGAGAGAACAAAACCGGAAAGGAAAUGCCAAGUGUAAGCUCCUAGCCUUCAUUGCUCCAAACCUGAACAUUUCGUUAUCUUAAUUAAGCAAUAGCGAUACAGCCUAUUUAGAAUGAUGGUACCUUCUUGAGCUUUUCUUUGCCAAGACUUUUACUUGACUUUUUUUUCUAUUAAGAAAUCUAUAGGGUAAAUUGUAUAGCUGGUUUAGAAUUUAAACAUACACAUGGAAAAAUGACUACUAGGAAGUAAUAAAAAUUAAAAAAUUUUCUUAAAUAGACUGUUCUGUUGGGUUUUUUCCCUUCUUGAAUCUUGGACCACUUUAAAAUCUUCACACAUCAAAAUGUUCUGGUUCCAUGGGGCAGGUUUUUAAAGUACCUCAUAUUUCUGCUUUCUCAUUUUGUAUCCAACGGGGGGUACAAGACAGGUUUGAUUUUAAAUUAAAAGGCAGAAGCAAAUGCAAUUAGAGUGCCCUGGUUCUGUUGCAGAAUAGCCUGUGACCCAUCCCAGCAAGAAUCACAAAGCUACAGACAUCUAUGCAAGCACCAGUUUCAUGGGGCCGGUCUGAGUCCAAGCCAAGCAUAUAUCCCUGUGCUAGUACUGGAAAGGUGUUUUCAAAUGUGUUUUCCCAGCUGAAAGACAACAGAAAUCAUAUCUGAUAUCAUACUGAGAGCCAGCUGUUGGGCAGAAAAGUGGAGUGACAUAUUUACAGGCAUGCGGUAUCAUGGUAGUACAUCACACUGUUGUGAAAUGUCAUGGGCCAGUCCUGUUUCCGCUGGUUCUACCAGCAAAAAAAUCUCUUGACUGUAUUGAAGGAGGCUUAUUGGAGAGAGGAAAGCUGCAGAACGAUCCAUGAACGUUAUCUCAUUUUGCCAGGGCUGCCCAGUUACGGAGUCCUUCAAACAAGAGGUUUGUAACAGAGGUCUAUUAAAAAAGUGCUUGUUUUUUAUGAAGCAGUCUUAAAUGAUGAUUAUGUUUUUCAUUUGAAAACACUGGCCUUUUUAUACCUCUGACAGGAAGAGAAGGCUGCUCAGGAAUCUGCAUCUUUUCUGUUUCUCCUUUGUGUUUGUCUUCAGGAAUAUGAUAUCCAGGCUAUGGAAGUUUGGAUCUAAUCUGAACCAUAUUUCUGAAGUGCAAACAUUUUUUUUUUUCUCCAAAAGGUGUGUAUGUGUAUAUCUGUAUGUGGAAAUCUUUAGAAGUGUGUCAUUAGUAAUCACUACUGGUUGCAUGUCGAUAAGUUAAACUCUUUGAUGAUCAGUUCUUCCAACAGAACUUUUACAGUUUCUCUAAAAGGCCUGACUGUGCUGGUAAAAGUAGUGGAAGCAUUGCCACUGAAUUCAUGAGGACAGUAGUGGGAGACAGCAGGAGCCGGUUGUCGACAGUAGAUGUUUCUGCUUCCUCAAGACUGGAAGACUUUAAUUUGCAACUGGACAGUUCUUCUAAAAUACGCACUGAAAAGGCAGGAAUGACUGAUUCAAAAUUAUUUUUGGAUUUGAUAUGAAACCAUUGUUUCCUUUGGGAGGGACCCCCCUCUCCAGUAUUGUUUUUUUUCUGAGUUAGAUUCACAAAUCUGAUGAUUACAUUGCUUCUCCUGUUCUCGUGUUCCCAUUUCAUCCUAAUUCCCAGUGCUUCAGACAUUCACGUGAAAUGCAAGACACUCUAGUUUAGUGUCUUCCUCUGUAGGGAAGAUAUCAGCUAUCACUUUAUUCUCCCAAGAAUGAGCUGCAAGUACUCACGCUAAGAAGAUAUUCUGGGCAUGUGUGUUGGCAACAUUCCUUUUCAUUUUAAGGAAAUCCUUAAAUAAUUUCUGGAGCAGAAUCCAGAGUGUCAUACCUCCCAGGUACUUGUCUUGGCCAGUAGGCUUGAGAGUCAUUUUAAUUUGGAGUUAAGAAUUGAAGUAUUAUUCAAAUAUUUAAAAAAAAAAAAACACCACCAAAAAACUUGAGUGAGGAAACCUCAGAGUCCAAAAACCCCAUAGACUGCUAGUUAGCACACAUUCAUGAGAGGAAGACCUGACAGAAACCACCCUACUUCAUAUUCCUGCUCCAAACCAAGGACUGAGUAGGAUCUUUAGUAUCCCACUUUCCCAUUGGACUAUGAAUGCCAUGACUUCAAAUUCCCAUGGAUGAAAGAGUACAUUAAAACCUGCUCUGCCAUCCUGGCAGCAACAAUGAACAGCAACUUCAAGUAAAAUGGGCCAGUGUUGCUGGAAUAGUUGCAGCACUUUUAUGAAUCUAGUCCCUCUGCUCUGAGCAAAAGGGCUCAGAGUGUUUGGACGUUUGGCAUUGUUUCGUUUUGCUCAAAGUAUUUUGUGUACUCAGAGGGUUUCACUUAAAUUGUGAUGAAUGAUCAUAAAAAUGAUCUCAGGGGAGUAAGUAGAGGAGGGGACUGAUAUAAUCUAAAUGCUGUUUCACUGUAUUUUUUUAUGUCAACAGUGAAAUAAAUCGGUGCUAUUGUGUCUCUUGCUUCCUACAUGUAGGACAUUCUCAGAAAGGCAAAGACAGGACUUGUUAUUUUCUUUUAACCAAAACGUUUGCAGGAGGAUACAUACUGUGUGAGGCACACUUUUUGCAAAGAACAAUAAAGGCAGCUUAGUUGCACAGAAUAAGUGUGUGCCUGAUGCUGUGUACUGUGGCUAUGUAAUGGAAUCACUUAAUGUAGGUAGAAUUCUUUUCAAACGUUGCCUAAAUAUAACAGUAUUUGACACUAUGAGAAAAGUCUGUUCUUUCAGCCAGACUCAGUGGUAUGUGUGGCGUAAUUCCCCCGAGUUUCACUUUGCAUCAGAUGGUGAGUUUUAGGUGUGUCCUUACACUGCAAAGAUAUUCUGGUUUGAUCCACCCAUUAAAUGAGAAUAACAAAACUCCCGCCAACUCUAAACCCAACCUUUGUUGUAAUUAUCAAAUGCUGAUUAGCUCUGAAAAUGGGUGUAUUUGGUAUGGUUGUGCUCUUACAGCAAGAAGGAAGAGCUUAAAAGACAGUCUGGAAUAAGACCACAUGUUUUGGUCUCUUAAGUAGAAAUACUGAAUUAGGCACAACUAUUGCAAAGUGAUUAUUUCUGAUCUUUCUGCUUUCCUUUUGUUUUUUUCACAGUAUUUUGGGAAAGCCCAAGAUAAGGGUAUUUUUUUUUUCUGCUGGGACUCUAAUCUAUUUAUAGGUUACAAGGCCAGAGGAGACUAUUGUCGUCUUGCUUGACCUCUCGGGUAGCAGAAACUGUAGGACUUCCCUUAGUUAAUUUAUGUUUGAAGCAGAAAUCUUCUUUUAGGAACAACAAGAAAUCACCACUUCUGGGAAAUCCCACCACAGCUCUUGGCAAAUUAUUCCAUUGACUGCUACCUGUUGUAAAAAUGUUUUCAGUGUACAUAAUCAGAGUUGGUUGAACUCCAGCUUCUAGCCACUGGACCAUAUAUUUAAUAAAUCUUCUAUUAAGGGUGAGUUCCCUUCUUGACAAGUGUUCUGGAACAUAACUGUCUUUUAAACAGAUAUAUCUUUUGGAGUCCUUCUGCCCACUACAUCGUCCUAUUUUUGCUCUUCCCAGUCUUCCAUAGUGACUUAAUAACCACGUUGAAUUGUGAAUACCAGCACUGGACCAAGAAAAGCUGUUGCAGAAGUACUAAUUGCAAAGGCAAUUUGUUUGCCUGGUUUUUAUAUUCCCAGCCCUCACAUACAGACUGUGUGUUCGCUCCACAUCCACACAGCUCAGGUGGGAUCAUGACUCAGACAUCAGAUUUCUGCUGUCCUCUCGCUCCUGUGGCUGUCUUAAGAAAGAGAGAAAGUGGGGUUUGAAGGUAGUCUCCUGUAAAACUGCACCAGGCUAAGUGC